AUGCGACCAAUUGUAUUACAAGCUCAUGAACGUCCUAUUUCAUUUGUUACCUACAGCUUUGAUGGUGACUUGAUAUUUUCUUGUGGGAAGGAUGGCCAAGUUGCCUGCUCAUUUACUUCUGAUGGGAAGGUGGCAGCUAAAUAUGAUGCAGGAAAGGCAGCUGUAUGGAAUUGUGAUCCUUCACUAGAUGGUAGAAUUUUGAUAAUGUCAUCAGCAGACCAGAAGUGUGUUAGUUUUGAUAUUGAGACAGGCUCAACAAUAGCAACGUAUCAGACAAGUGGUACUAGUCGCUUUGUUGAGUUCAAUAGGUGUUAUGAUCAUCAAGAUAAAUUUGUUGUUGCAGUUGAUCAGUUCUUUCCUGAACCACGCCAUUUACUUAUUAAGAAAGUAGGUGACUCAUCUUCAGAAGGUUUGAGAAUAACAGGAAUAAAUAGUAGGAUUAUCAGAGCCCACUGGGGUAUCUUUGACCGUAAUAUUAUUUCUGGUCAUGAAGAUGGAGGGAUAUAUAUAUGGGAUAUUCGUCAAAAUUCAGAACCACUAGAUGUCAUUAAGGCACAUUCAAAGCUCUUAACAUGUUGCUCUUUUGUAGAAGAUAGAACUCUAAUGUUGACUUGUAGUCAUGACAUGACUGCCAAACUAUGGGAUAUUGUGAAUCUAAAGGAAAUCCGACGUUACACAACGAACCGCCUACUGAAUGGUUGUUCUAUAUCUCCUAAGUUCAAUUGUAAUGAUAGUCCUAGAAGACAUAUACUAUUAGGAGGUGGACAAUUAGCUCAAGAUGUCACUACAACAGGUGCUCAAGAAGGUAAAUUCCAGACUCUAAUACUUCAUAUGGUAUAUGGUAAUGAAUUAGGAGCAAUAAAGGGACACUUUGGUACUAUGAAUGCACUAACUUUUUCUCCAGAUGGUAUGGGAUUUACUACUGGUGGAGAAGAUGGUUUUGUACGUAUCAACCACUUUGAUGAUGAAUAUUUGAAGCUAGAUCCAUAA